AGAGCGGAAGUUGAAUGAUCAGCUGAUCGUGCUGCUGUUGUUGAUGCCUGAAGUUGCUUGUUUGAGCACUGUGUUGCUCUAAUCUGCUGCUGUCACAGAGGACACUUAAAAUCACACAAGGGACACGGUGGAGAUUUGCCUCACGACGAUUUAGAAGUAACAAGGAUAUAAUUUCCUCUCAGCAGCGCUUAGCGACAAGUGAGCUAGCUUUAAGCUUGAGCCUCGGUAAAAGAAAGAAAACAGCCGACGACUCCGUGUACGUUUAUUGUCUUUAUCGUGCCAGUGUAAAAGCAAUAUUUUAUUUGCCUUGAGUCUAUUGUUUAUUUCCCGUGUGCCAGUAAUUACUCUGUAUCGUAUGUUACAACUUUCUCCAGCGACAGCUAGCACUAGCCAACAUUAGCUCAUAGCUCAAGGAGUCUUGUUGUGAAGCUUUGUUGCUUUCGUAACCGCGACUCACAGAUAACGAGCUGAAAGAGCACCGCUGUUUGCUCACUUUUCUACAGAAUACGUGUUAUUGGCUGUGACUAUUCUUUUUAAUGCGGGACAGUGUAGCAGUGAAGCUGAUGAGCUUUUAGCUUCUUAUUGAACUAAUAUUACUGAGGAUUGUGUUGUGCUGAACAAACAUUAUUUACAUUUGUGUUGGUUGUUUGUUUGUUUUUUACUGUCGUUAUUGAUUUCUCAAUUUCAAAUGCCACUGACUGGCAUUAGGUCAAGGGACAGCUGGCCUUGUGCGAGUGGCUUGCUCACAGAUUGCGUAAUUUGUUUAUGUGCGAUCUGUUGGCAGCAAAGUGUCACGUGUUCUGUUUGACAAGUCUCGCUACUUAGUGUUGUUGUAGGUACUUUAGUUUUUGUUUUUUUUUACGUUUAUCAUAAUUUUGAUACUGUCUGGAGUGUCAGAAAUACAGGGCAUGUGAUAAAGUGGUUACUCUAACUACAGUUUGAGAGCAGUCCUGUGACAUUGGUAUAGUUGAAAAAUUAAGUGACCUGAGAUAUGAAAUAACUAGUUGUUAGGCUCAGUUGAAAUCGUGAACAAACAGGUUGUAAAAGAGGGUCCCUCACUGGAUCCCAUUGUGUACUGAAGUGUGUAGGCUGCAGCACUAGUUGCCAAUGCUGGACCUGGAGGUGGUCCCUGAGAGAUCACUUGGAAAUGAACAAUGGGAAUUUGCCUUAGGGAUGCCGUUGGCCCAGGCCAUCUCUAUUCUCCAGAAACACUGCCGCAUCAUUAAAAAUGUCCAGGUGCUGUACAGCGAGCAGCUUCCACUUAGUCAUGACCUUAUACUGAACUUGACUCAGGAUGGGAUUAAACUGCUGUUUGAUGCCACAAAUCAAAGACUUAAGGUCAUUGAAGUGUACGACCUAAGCAAAGUCAAGUUGAAAUACUGUGGAGUGCAUUUCAACUCUCAAGCCAUUGCUCCUACAAUAGAGCAAAUAGACCAGUCAUUUGGAGCUACGCACCCUGGAGUUUACAAUGCCGUGGAGCAACUGUUUCAUCUCAAUUUCCGUGGUCUGUCCUUCUCGUUUCAACUGGACUCAUGGAAUGAAGCUCCCAAGUAUGAGAUUCCCCAUGGGGCCAUGGUGAAAAGAAUGCACAUCUAUACAGGCAACAACCUGCAGGAAACAAGAGCCCCAGCCAUGCCGUUGGCCUGUUUCCUUGGUAACAUCUAUGCAGAGUGUGUGGAUGUCGUGAGAGACCAGGCUGGACCCCUGGGGCUGAAACUCCGCCUACUCACUGCAGGCUGUGGACCCGGUGUGAUGGCAGACUCCAAAAUCCGCUGUAUCGAGAGGAGCAUUUCUUUUGGUGAUUCAUGUCAGGAUGUGUUGGGGGCUCUGGGCUCGCCACACAAAGUCUUCUAUAAGUCUGAAGACAAGAUGAAGAUCCACUCUCCGUCCCCACAUAAGCAAGUUCCUUCAAAAUGUAAUGACUACUUCUUCAACUACUUCACCCUGGGAGUGGAUAUCCUGUUUGAUUCCACUACCCACCUGGUGAAAAAGUUUGUCCUCCAUACAAAUUUUCCUGGACAUUACAACUUCAAUAUAUAUCAUCGAUGUGACUUUAAGAUUCCAAUAGUCAUCAAAAAAGAGGGAACUGACUCUCAGACUGAGGACUGCAUCUUGACCGCCUACAGCAAGUGGGAUCAAAUUCAAGAACUGUUAGGACAUCCAAUGGAAAAACCUGUAGUGCUUCACAGGUCUUCAUCAGCAAACAACACCAACCCAUUUGGCUCCACCUUCUGUUUUGGACUGCAAAGGAUGAUCUUUGAGGUGAUGCAGAAUAACCACAUAGCAUCAGUUACUUUGUAUGGAGCUCCUCGGACCACCAGUCAACCCCGACCUGGGUCAAGUAGUAGUUCCCACUGAUGACAUCAAAUCAGUACCUGCAUUGACUAAACCUCCAGGCCCGUGACCCUAUCGCUUCUCAUUGACUACCACUCAAAUCCUAAAGUUUGGUCAGGUCAUAUGCUAACGCCCAGCUUUUGAUGUCACCUUGGAGCACCUGCUGGAGAUCCUCAUAUUAUUUAGUAGAAGUAUUCAAAUGCUGCAACAUGGUUCUUGUGGAAGAUGGCCACUAAUAUAGCAUUGUGGCUCAACCAGCAUUCAAUUACAAGAGCAUAGGUUUAUUGAGUCCAGUUUUGCAAGCAAACUUGACAUUUACAGAUACUGCCAGAUUACGCGUGCACCACCUGUCUUCCUGCCACAACCUUGUCAUAUAUAUUUAAGCUACAAGAGUCAAACCAGCCCACCUAAAAGCAGCCAUUCAGCGCUACACUGGACUGCAACAGUAUUUUCUUUUAUUGGAGAGUAAUACACACACUCAGGGUUGGGAGAGUAAGAAACAUAGUCAGACUAAAGCCACUUUUGGCCAGUGUGAGGCGCCGUGGAGCCCAGAGCAAACUCAGAUCUGUUUAUUGUCUCCAGUUUGCUGCUCUGAACUGUCAUUGCUCUGGUUUGUUGCUCACCCACAAAACACAGAAGCUAAUAGCAUACAUUUGAGGAUUUAAUUAAAGCACAUGAAACACUUCCUCUGUUCUGUAGGUAUCAUCACAUUUUCAGAGUGACAGGAAACACACAUGACUUGGCAGAGUGAGAUCUACAACAAGCACAAAAUACAACUAGUUCAGUUACUCAGAUCCGUCCUUAUGCUUUUGUGAGGACUUAAAUUACUUUUUCACACUAAGAGCAUUUCCAUUUUUGUAUUUUUAAAACAUACAUUUGCACUAAAACACACUUUUACUUGAUUACAUCAUAUCUUUAGAAAUAGACAUUUCUAGAUAGUAAAAUGUGUUCUUUUUUUGUACAGAUGAGAGCCGUAAUUUGUCCUCAGUGUUACAGCUUCCCAUGUCUACAUGCACUUUUGGUUGUUGUGUUGCAGUCCAGCUCUCAUCUCCGUUUGUCUGAUUGCCAAUUGCUACAGCCAAAGAUAUUUCAAGAUGACUUCAUCAGUCUCUGUUACUGUAUGCCUGUUGUAUGAUGAGUGCAUGUCUUCACCUCCCCCUCCUGUCUCUCUCUGGUCACUUCUUAAGUUUCACAAUGCACUGAAACUGGAGUUUCAUGUGGAUUUGGUCACACUUUUCUGUUAAAUUCAUGUGAGUGAAGUCAUGGAUCAUUACGCUUGACAUAGAUGUGUCUUUGUACAUUUGAAUUUUUUUUUAAUACAUAAGAACAGCAGCCAUUUCUUUAUCAUGCUGUCUCUUUCCCUUCAAAUCUUAAAAUUAAUUUUCAUCUGCUAAAAUUCAAUAAAUACACAUUAUACAGUGUUUGCUUAGGUACAGACCUUACUUUUUUAUUGAACAUGUAAAUGGUCCAAGGUGUAUGUCAGAGCCCACACAUUUAAAUAUGUGAACCUUUAGCAAAGUGUAUUGUACCAGAAAAGUAAAAUACUGAAAGGUUUACCACAUAAAACCUCCAGACCUUUAGUUGACCUCAUGCUUUUGUUUAUGGGCUCUGAUGUUUCACCUUAUUGUACAUUUGUUGUAAAUACUGUGUGCUCCUGUUCUCUGGUCUGAUUGAUCCAGUCUGAACAACUGUGCAGAAAGACGCUCAUUUGUAACACUGGCACACGAGCCAUGCCCACUUACACUGCGACUGUAGACUGACAUGUUCAUAACUAGCCUCAAAAUAUUUUUGGCUGCUUGGAGCUUUGAACCAAUAAAGUACUUGCUCUGCAGUUGGCGUGAGCAGUGAUAAAGUGCAGUGGAGAGAAGCAGCUCAAGGAGUCUCCAGGUGCAACUCCUGGACUCACUUAGGCUGUGAUUAGGUUGUGGCUUUAGUAAUGUUAGAUUGUGCUUCUGGCAGUAACUACAAGGAAAUAAAAACAUGCUUUUAAUGCAGGUGAAUAUGUGAGAACAUUGUGCCUCAUCUCCCACCGAGCCUGUCUUUCUCUGUCCUCUGUAAAAAAAAAAAAAAAAAAAAAAAGCAAUCUCCUCUUCUAAUGAGAAUGCAUGUGAACAGCAUUGUUGUACAGUGUAUGUACUGUAUGUGCGUGUCACUAAGCAGAGUUAGCUCAAGAGAUGUCCUAGCUGCAGUUUUCUUCUGUAAAUUGUUUGUUGGCUGCAUAAGAACAGCUUUGGGUUGGGGUUUUCCAAAAGGGGCAGUGGUGGAGGUUCAGUAGCUUUUUACCCUCAAAGGCUCACUGUGAUUUUGUAAUCGAUUGCUUCAGGAGCUCUGGGCUGUUGAGCAUUUAAUACCUAAAAUAAAUCAUACGCAUGCAGUAAUGUGAAUGCUGCUUUCGUAGCUUUUGGCUAUUUUGAUAAGCUGUCUCACAUGUUUCUUUAUAGGAAAAUUAAUCGCAUAUUCUAAACAUAAUCACCCAUGAGUUAUUUGGGCUAACAUGCUCAGAAAUGAGCCUCUGAUUUUUAACAUAAAUUUAACCCACACAGUGGAUAGGCAGGGCUGAGCCAAGCAUCUGUCCACUGUGAAACUUUUCAGAUCUUAGUGUUUGUCCCAGUUCAGACAGCCCAGCCCAGCGCAUGAGCGGACUGCUUUGAUGAUGUAAUGUGUUAAGGACAGAGGGAGAGUGGUGGGUAGUGAAAAUCGCCCCUAACUCAGGUGACCAUAUCAUACCCUUGUUUUUCUACUGUCUGAAGCUGAAAAACAAGAGGCUCUGUGGAGCUGUGUGGCUGUUGGUGAAUGAGAUGAGUGACUGUUAUUUGUAAUGGGACAGCUUCAGUUUGGUGUAAUGAUAAAAUCAUGUUAAUGCCUUGUAUCAUAUUAAUGUUUUUCUUGCUUCAUGUUCUGUUAAUCCUUACUCUCCAGACUAUUUUUGUGGCCGUAUAUUUUAAUCCUGUUUCUGGAAAUGGGACAAUUAUACUUAAUUAAAACUUGUGAAAUCCA